UCAAGGCGUAAGCUGUACAAACGAGAAUCGGUGGGUAUACAAGUUUCCUGACGCUAGUACUACGGCCCAUUCCGCGGUGAUUGCCCAGGGACACUAGACCAUCAUCAGUUAUCUGCGCCCGCGCAUCUCCAAAAUGUUCAAAUGGCUCGUCUUUCUCACAUGCACAAAUGCGGUCCUUUCCACAACAGACCUCUACUCUCUUCCCGAAUUGCCUCCGGGAGAAGCUCCUGAACCCAUUAUUUCGUUUAUGGAAAAAACAUAUGCCUUUGGAAGAGGAAGAAUGGCUUAUGAUUCUGGGGAGCCUCUACUUCUGUCCCCAUUGAUAGAAGAGAAAAAGAUAGAAGAAGCAAGAAAAGCGGCAUACGUCGAACCUGAAUAUCUAUUGCCUGGUAUGGAGAGUUACGCAGGUUAUUUGACUGUAAACAAAGAAUAUAAUUCGAAUCUAUUCUUCUGGUAUUUCCCCGUUCAAGGGAGUCCAGUUGAAGAAACUCCAUGGAUAAUUUGGCUUCAAGGAGGUCCAGGUGCUUCUUCACUCUAUGGUCUCUUUACGGAAAUAGGUCCUUUCAAUGUCAAUAAAGAAAACGAACUGGAAGAAAUGAAAUAUUCGUGGGGUCAAAAUCACUCUCUUCUAUUCAUAGACAAUCCUGUCGGAACCGGGUUCAGCUUUACCGAUGAUGACCGGGGCUAUGCCACUAACCAGACAACGAUUGGCGAAAACCUAUACACAGCCCUACAGCAGUUCCUAACACUCUUCCCUGAAUUACGAAAAGCUCCUUUGACAAUUGCAGGAGAGUCAUAUGCUGGGAAACAUAUCCCGUCCCUUGGAGUGCAAAUAUUGUGGCAUAGGCAGGAGGAUCCAGCUAUUAAUCUUCAGGGUCUUGCCAUUGGUAACGGGUUUAUCGAUCCAUUAUCCCUUCAAAGGUACAGCUACUUCGUACGUGAAACUGGUUUAGUGGAUGAUAAAGCGGCGAACUUUAUGAACCAAAUCGAAACAGCGGUGGUGCAAUUUAUUAACAAUGGAGAAAUGCUCAAGGCAUAUGCUUAUUACAACUACUUACUACAAUUAUUCCUGUCUGAGUCAAAACUAAAUAACUUAUACAACUACCUCCAAGAUGAAAUUAGCCUCGAUGGUGCCUAUUUAGACUAUAUUCAAAGGGAUGACGUCAGAAGAGCGUUACAUGUAGGAAACACAAAUUUCACAUCAAUCGGGGUUGUGUAUAAAAAGCUAGUCCCCGAUUUUAUGGGAAGCGCUAAACACUGGCUCGAAGAAUUACUAGAGAAUUACAGGGUCAUGCUUUAUAAUGGUCACUUGGACAUUAUUGUUGCAUACCAUCCUUCAGUGAAUACGUAUGAUGCCCUAUCAUUUUCCGGUUCGACAGAAUACCGGCUUGCAAAACGAAAUCCUUGGUACCACAAUGAAGAAUUGGCUGGGUAUUUCAAAAUGGCGGGAAAUCUGACAGAAGUUAUGAUCCGCGGCGCUGGACAUAUGGUUCCCGCAGACAAACCGCCAGCAGCAUUAGGAUUGAUUUCAGCAUUUGCUCGCGGAAUCGCUUUGACCCAAGAUACUGGGUCUUUGGUCCCAGAAAAAAAUUCCUUAAGAACUCGUCAACUGCCAGUGAACUAAUUUGUAAAUUUGUAUUUCUUAAAUGGACUAUUCUGAUUUUAAAAAGAAUUUAAUGAUACGUAAAUCAUAACGUAUUUUCUAAUUGUAUAAUCUGUUUAUUAAUCAAAGAGAUCGCUUGCGAUUUAUACACUAUGUAUUUUUAUACUAGAGUUUCGUCCGUAAUGUAAGACACUUAAACAGAUAGGUGUUAUUGUAAAUGUAAAUAAAAAUGUAUAAAGCAUAGUACAUAA